AUGGUUGCCAGCUCCCUUCAGGUUGAAGAGGACAAAGUUGAAGAGUCCAGGUUUUUGUUACUGGUUGACAUGGACAACGAAGAAAUUCCUUGUAUGGUUCUUGAUAGACAACUGGAAUGGCAUGAGGAAUUAGUCAGGGGAAGGUCACUCGCAACCUACAACAGCCUAACAGACAGACACUUGGCUGGAUACUUCAGCAAUACAAGGAUAAGACGGCAUCUUCAGCGAUCAGGGCUGAUCUCAAGAAGUGGAAGAAUAAUAUCUGAGAAGGAGUAUCGGCUAAAUGCUAUGAGGAAGGAUCACCAAAGAUACGUACGGGAAUGCCUAGCUCAGGCCAUAUUUCACAAGGUCCUUGACAUGGAGGUUUUCUUGCACUGGCAGCGUCAUCAUCAGCUAGAAAUAAAAAGAAAACUGGAAAAUGUUGUGAGGAAGGAGCGGGUUCAGAGAAUCAAGGUGGAACGAUCAAGAAGAUCAGUGGAAGAUAUUAAUCCUCUACUCUCUCCACACCCACCUGCUGGUCCAAGAAAUCACUAUGGGCGCCAUGAUUUAGUUGAGGGAGAGCAAUCUGGUCCUUCGCAAUCAUCUUCCUCUCCUCGGCCAAACACUGCACCAGGAAAUAUGCAACGCCCAGUCCGACUACAGCCACUUCCUGGAUAUCCUACAGCAGGAUCCACACCCAAGACUUCUUCAAGAUCCAAACAAAAGCUCUUGGAACUUGAACAUGAUCAUCAGUUUCCCAAUGGGGGAGAGAAAAACAUGAUGAAGCUUAUGAAUUCAGUGGAUUAUUCAGCUGGAUUAUCCCCAUAUCAACUUCCCAUCAUUAACAAUUAUGUGAUACCGGUGCCACCUCCACCCCAAAAAGGAGAUAAGAACAUAAAGGGAGUUAGGCAUGGGACUUCCAGGGGCAGACGCUUUCGCCCAACCACCGCACCAAAUGGCUUAGAGCAACUGUUAACAAAGGACUCAGGAAAAUUCCAUAAGCCCUCAUUACACAGCAAUGCAUCUGUUACAAUGAUCUACUUAGGAAAAAGUGUGCACUUGUCUCAUGAUGACACUGAUUACAGAGAUGAAAUCAAAGUCUAUCAGCAACAUUGUGGAGGAGAAAACCUUUGUGUCUACAAAGGCAAGCUACUGGAAGGAGAGACCUUUCACUUUACCUCAAAGCGGCACCAUGGUUUCCCCUUCAGUCUCACCUUUUUCCUCAAUGGGAUACAGAUGGAUAGGCUGAGCUCCUGCUGUGAAUACAAGCAUCGGAAGGGUGCGAGAUUGGGAGGCAAGCAUGGAUACUUUGGCUUUGUGAAUGUGGACAGAGCGUCUCCUUGCUAUAGGUGUAUUAUUGCAAUGGGCCUGGACAAAACCCCCUCUCCUCCAAAGAAAAAGAUGAAAGAAGACUAUGGAGAAAAGCAAGAGGAUUCCGUGAAGGAUGAAGAGCACAAUGAGCCAAGCGAGGGCAGCGUUGAGCAAGAGGCGACCAAACACUCGACAGUUGAAAUUUCAUCAGCUCACGGAGAGAGUCAGGAGCCUGCAGAGGACAGUGUGGAAAUUGCAGAGGAGGAAAGAGAAGAAGAAACACAAGAAGGACCAGAGGCUGAGUCCGAAGAUGACCAGGAAAAUGCUAGUAAAGAUGAGUAUGAUGAAGAUUUUGAAGCAGAUGAAGAGAAAUCAGAUGAGAAAGUUAAUGAAGAAGGACAGGCCGAUGAUCAAAUGAAUGGAAUGUCAAAGUCACCCUCAGAUGAUGAAAAAGAUAAUUUAGACCAUGAAAAGGAGAGUAAAAGCUCAUCACAGAAGGCGCUGCAGGCCUCUGACAGCGAGAAAGAUGAAAGUGAUGGAUAUUCAAACAGUGACUCAGAGGAAGAUAAACAAGAUAGGAAGUCUGCAUCCUCUCUCUCAUCCAGCAGUACUCUGUAUAGCAGUGAAGAUGACUCUGAAGCUGCAAAGAUGAAAGACCAUGUUAAGGGCAAUGAAAAGGAAGACAUUGACAGGACAGCGACAAGUGAGAAGUAUGGAAAUGAGACUUGGGAAAGCAAACCUGAGGGAAAUCAGGAAAUUGAUGAAGUGGAGGAGGAAGAAAUGGAUGAAGCAGAAGAGACAAAAGCAGAGGCUGUGAUGAGGGAAGAAGUUGAGGUUCUUCAUGGAAGUAUGAUGGAAAUACAUCAUCAAGGCACAGAUGAACUCAAUGGGGAACUCCGACAUGUAGGGUCAAUACAAAAUAAUGCAAGGGAAGAGGGGGAGGAGGAUGGAAGCAACACAAGGGAAGAUGGGGAGGAGGUUGUUCUAGUGCAUUUGGAAGGCAGCACUGUGGAAGCAGAGGCUACAAACAAGGAUCCUCCUGAGGUUGAUGAAGGAGGUGAUUGCAAAUCAGUCCAAGAGAAAAUAGCAGAGGCAAUUGAAAAUGGUCAUCGUUUGAGUUCUGAACCUGAGCCCAGUGAUUCCAGUACAGAUGAAGAAGAGGAGAACUUAACAAGUACAGCUCAUGAUAUAAAAGAAGAUGGAGCCUUCUUGGCAGAAGCAGCAACAGCAUGUGAAAAGCAGAAGGCAGCAGAGCAAGGGGUACAAGAGGGGCAGAUGGUGGAUGAGGAAAAAGCACUUGAGCAGGAGGAGUUUGUAGCUGAGGAAGGAGCCACUGACACUGAAGAGGCAGGCAAUGAAACAGCUCUGGAGUUAGAUUUACUGGCUAAGAAAGAAGCAGCAACUGUGAUGGGACAGACAGUGGAGAAUGUACUUACAGUAAAAGAAGAAGCAUCUGAGGAGAAGGCUAUAAUGGAAGAAGAUCUGGAAGAGAGUAGGGUAGGAAAGGAAAUGGCAUUUCAGGGAGAGGAGGCAUCUGAGGGAAAUGUAGCUGUGGAGGAAGACGUAAAUGAAGGAGAGGAGGCAGUGGAAAAGGCAGCAUAUGAGGGAAAGGUGGUGGAGGAAGUAUCAUCUGAAGGAGAGGAGGUUGUUGAGGAGGUGCCUGAGGCUGUGGAGGAAGCAGAAUCUGAGGCAGAGGAGGCUGUGGGGAUGGCAGGAGGUGUGGGAAAGGAAGAUGUGGGGGAGGCAGCAUCUGAGGCAGAGGAGGCUGUGGAGGAGGCAGAAUCGGAGGGAGAGAAGGCUGUGGAGAAGGCAGACGCCGCAGGAAAGGAAGUUGCAGAGGGGAUAGAAUUGGAAGGAGAGGAGGUUGUGCAGGAGGCAGCUUCUGAGGGAUGGGAGACUAUGGGAGAGACAGAAUUUGUUCUGGAGGAGUCAGUAGAAUCAGUGAAGGUUCCCAUACUGGGAGCAGCAACUGAAAUAGAGGAAUCAGUAGAAUCAAGAAAGGUUCCCAUCGGUGAAGCAGUGUCUGAAGCGGAGGAGGCAGCAGCAGCAGAAACAUCUGAGGAGGAGGAGGAUGAUGUAAUGGAAACAACCCCAGAGGAGGGAGAGACAAGAAAUGAGGCCACAGAAGAGGAGUCAGAAGUAGAGGAAUCACCACCUCUGAGGGAAGAAACCUCAUUGGACAGGGAAAUAAAAAGGGACACUGCAAUAGAGGAAGGAGCACACAAAGAUGGGGAGAGCAUAGUGGAAGCAUCUGAAGAGGAAGAAGCAGCAGAAGACCCAGAAUCUGAAGAGGAGGUAGUAGAAGAAGGUAAACACAUAGGGGAGUCAGUGCCUGAGGAAACACCAUAUAUGGGAGAAGAAUUGGUGAAGGCUGGUGAGGAGGAAGUGACAGAGGAAACGGAAGAGAAGGUGGUGUCUCAAAUAGCAGUUACUGAAAAGAAGUUGGUAAUAGAAAAAAAGGUACCUAUUGCUGAAGAGGCAACAGAUAAAUCCACAAUAAAUGUAGAGGAAGUGGCUGAGGGAGCAGCAGUGGAGGGUGUGGUGGUAACUGAGGGGAUGGCAAUGGAGGAAGUGGAGGUGGGUGAGGGGGUGGCUGAGGAAUCAGCAGAGAGAGAGGGAGAGCGAAUGUCAGAAAUAGAAUCUGAAGAGGCAAUGUCAGUGGACGCAGCAGGCAAUGGGAAAGUAAUGGGCAAUGAAACACCAUCACAAGGGGAGGAGAUAGUAGAGAAAUCAGAACCUGGUCAGAAAGAAAAUGCAGAAGUAUUAUCAGACUGGGAGGUGCAGACAGAGGACCCAGGACAUGAGGAGGGCAUGGAAGAGGAGGAGGCAGGACUGGAAGAGCAGAAGGUGAUGACAGAGGGGAUAAUACCCGAAGAAGAUAUGAGAUCAGAGAGAACAUUGCCUGAGGUGGAGAAAUUGAUGACACCAUCAUCUCUGAGGGAUGAAGUGGAAGCUGUGGAAGCAGCAUCUGAGGUAGAAGGCAUGACACAGGAAAUGGCAUAUCACCCAGAUGUAGUGGAGAAGGAAGCAGUCCUUGUGGAAGAGAUAAUGGCAAAAGUGAGACACACUGGUGGGAAUGACAGAACGGAGGAGCAAGAGAUGGAGACAAUGGAGGAGAAAAUCACACUGAAACAAUUAGACACAAAUGAAAAAAUAAAAAUAGGAAAGACAGAGACUUUGGCCGAAUAUCCACAAGGGAUUCAUGGGCUUACGGAUCUGCUUGAAGUCCAGCACAAGGAAGAAAGCCUUGCACAUAUAAAGACAGACACCACAGAAACGUCCAUUAUAGAAGAGAGAAACUAAGGGGCUCUGUGGCACAUGGUGAGUAUCUGUAUGAGCCAGAUUGGUACCUAAAAGAGGAAUUGAUUUUACUUUUAUUACAUUCCUUUGUAAGGUGUCCAAGGCUGCAGUACCUAGGCUAGUGCUAUCAAAGCACCAGCUCUACUGAAUGGUGAAAUACAGGGAGGAGAUAGAUAGCCAUGAUUUUCUUCCACCAUUUAUUAUAUUCUUCACUUUCACUUCAAGGGUUUCCUAAGGGUUUUUAUUGCAAAGUCAAAAGUGACUUUGAGUGGAUCAUGAACAUUCACAGCUCUGUUUAAUGUCUGUGUCUCAUACCUUCAUUCACACUGAGUCGUCCAUG